AUGAUAGGAGCUUUUAGGUCGCCAAAGAGCAACCGCAGUGAUGACCUCAAGCUCAAACUGCGGAAGGAGAGAGCGAACCGGAGUAAAGAGCAGUCUGGACCUGCGGUUCUGUGGAACCAGCCUGAACCUGUUCUGAAGGCUUUCUCCAUCUUCAUGGACCUGCUGCAGCAGAGUCAGCGUGACUACACGCUGUCCACUCAGAGAAACGAGAAGAGAGAGGAGAGGAGGAGCAAGGGCUCAGAGAGGAGGAGCGAGGGCUCGGAGGAGAGGGAAGUGCCCCGUGUCUGGCUGGGGUCAGGAGAAUGUCAGUCAGGGUCUGGGGUCAGCAGGCCUGCGGUCAGUGGAACCCGGCGUUUUCUAGAGAGCCUGCAGACGCCCUUUAACCUCUGUCUGAGCGAUGACCCCGGUGACCCCUCACUGAGGCAGGUGGUCAUAGAUGGCAGUAAUGUGGCCAUGAGUCAUGGUCUGGGACGGUUCUUCUCAUGUCGUGGUAUUGCUCUGGCCGUUCAGCACUUCUGGCUCAGAGGUCACCGCAGGAUCACGGUGUUUGUUCCACAGUGGAGGAAGAAGAGGGACCCUUGGGUCAAAGAGCAGCACUUCCUGACCAAGCUGUAUAAUCUGGGCCUGCUGUCUUUCACACCCUCCAGAGAUCUUCUGGGCGUCAGGAUCAGCUCCUACGACGACAGGUUCAUGCUGCAGCUGGCCCAGAAGACAGACGGAGUGAUUGUAACCAACGACAACCUGAGAGACCUUGUCACUGAGUCAGAGCAGUGGAGGAACAUCAUCCACAAGAGGCUGCUACAGUACACAUUUGUGGGAGAUUAUUUUAUGCUGCCUGAGGAUCCACUCGGCCAAAACGGACCAAAUCUCAAUGACUUCCUGCAGACCUAGAUCUCACUGUUGAUUCAUCUUUAAAAACAUACAAAAAAAGAGUUUGAGUGACUUUGGGAUCUUCGCUCUCUCGCUCUCUCUCUGAAUUGUG